GAGGCGAGGCGAGGCGCGACGGUGGGCUCCGGCUGCGGCGGGGCGGCGGCGGGCGGCAGCAUGAAGCUUAACCUGGGCGUCCUCUCCUUCUUCGUGGCCCUGGUGGGAGUUUCAAGCUUCGUCUUCCUCGUGGUGGCCAUCGCGACGGACUUCUGGUACAUCAUCGAUGCCUCCAAGCUGGAGACGUCCCGCAACGGCACGGAUGCCCUCAGCUCGCACUCGGGCUUGUGGCGGACCUGCCGCGUGAGGAGCGAGUGUUACCCUUUGAUAAACCCCUUCUGGCACGAGAGUGCAAACAUCACUGAAUCACACAGACAACUUUUGUACAUGCAUGGAACAUUUGUCAUCCUGAUGCCUCUCAGCCUGAUAUUGAUGAUUUUUGGUGGAAUGACUGGAUUCAUCAGUAUUCUUGCCAGAGCCUACCUGCUGCUUCUAAUGACUGGACUGCUUUUUCUUUUUGGAGCUCUUGUAACACUUGCCGGGAUCGGUGUCUAUAUUGCAUAUUCAGCUGCUGCCUUUGAAGAAGCUGUCUGUCUUCUGAGGAGUAAGGAUCUCCUGGUGGAAAUCGACAUCAGGUUCGGCUGGUCGCUGGCACUGGUCUGGAUCUCCUUUGUGGCAGAAGUGCUGACCGGGGCUGUGUUUCUGCUGGCAGCAAGGAUUGUUGGUGUGAAGCGUCGGCGCGAGCAGGCGCUAUGAGCAGCAGAUCUAUUCUACAGUUUAUAUGAUGCUUUUGAAGUGCCUGUGUCACAUGUGUUCUUUAGUGCCUACGGUCCCCAAAAUGUGUUGCUGAGAUGAGGACUCUGGCUGUUCCCAUUGCCUUCUGGAGGCUUGGACUUGAAGAUCUCCAGAGAUCCCUUCCAACUCCUACCAUUCUGUGAUUCUCAGAGGCAUGCAACCAUCCCAAUACCUGUACACUGGGGAAUAAAGUGGAAACAAUUCUGCUGUGGGCAAGUCUGGAACCUGUCUGGUUCUUCACCUGUGGUUUCCAUCACAGAGAAAACUGUGAUUAAGGGUGACAGGGCCCUUAGGAGACUGGAAGGUGAGAUGGCAGCUAGAGAAGAAAAUGACAGGCCUCUAGAAUUAUCUGUACCCAUAGAACAGGUGUCAGCAAUCGCAGAUAAGGCAAUGCCUGAAAGUUUCAGCGCUCCAGGCAGCACUGAGAGGGGAAGAUGUGUUUGCAAAAGGGCAUGUUCACUCAGUUAUAGAGUGCAUGUGUUGUGCUAAAUGUCCUUAAAUCCCUCUGGUAAUGCAACCGUCUGUAACAAUAAAUAGCAAAUAACUGUUGUCUCCUCUGGGACUACAGCUAUCAUGCUUCCAAAUAGGAGUCAUCCUGCUCUGUGUUGAGGUGUAAGAGACCCAUGCAUUUACUGUGAGUUCUGGGGAAAACCACUGAAACACACAUA